GUUUUACCCACCCGGACGUUCGCCCCGAAUAGUGAGAUGGAGAAGGGGUUGGUAUCGUAUAUCAAUCCCGCUGUACUACACAACACAGUGCAGCACAUGAGCGAACGGGUGGGCGAGACACGCCCUGCCACUGUCCUUUUCGUCUCGUGUCGGCAUGUGACGGCUCUAAAUGGCAUCCACCCACUGCAGAAGUACUGCAUUGUGUGCCAGGACGUAUCGUCUCAG